AUGGCCUCUCAUUCCAUGUCCCGCGAAGAUAUAGCCAAGCAGUAUGAGAACUACUCGAUUUAUGUCAUGCUCAGCAGCCGUGGUGCCAACCCUGGCUUCCACUGGGGCAUCUUCAUACCUACCAAAACCCCCGAUGGCCAUCUUUGGCAUGCCACGAACCGCGAGGGAGGCUGGAAACUUGAUCAAAGGCCUUCCAAAAACGUCCCAUAUUCCUUGAGUCUAGUCCUAGCCCAUAAAAUCGGCUCUGUCAACAACGCCAACUGGCAGACUUGCAUCGAUACCUUGAACGGAAUUCCAGCUGGUCCUCAUCCUUCUCCCAAUACUGGCGAGACCUUUUCUUGCAGGACCUGGGUCAAGGACGCCAUCAUCGCACUAGAGAAAAAUGGGAUUAUUACUCUUAGUAAAUCCAUAGCUCGUAUUGAGGAGACAUUGCUGGAUGCUGCUGCUGGUUACAAGGACGACGUGGAAGUUGGUGGGAAAAUCGCCAAGGUCAAGAAUUCUCAGAUCUAA